AUGACAGAAAACACUGAAGAUACGGAACAGAUCCGAGCGCAAGAUUCAAAGUUGUUUAAAAUAGAAACCGUAAUAGUUUUUGUAUUUUUUAUUGUCAGAUACAUUUUUGUAGCAAAAUUACAGAAUUUUGAUGAAUUUAACUCUAAAACUAUUCGAGAUACUAUAAGUUUUUUUUUAGUUUUACAGUUGAUUUUACCACCAUUAAUAAUACUCAGGUACUUAUACUUAUUUAAAUGGGAAAGAAUAUCCUGGUUUGAAUUUUUUUCAAGUACAGUAUUCAAUAUAUGCAUAGUACUUAUACAUAUUUGCGUUUCUUGGGUUCUUAUUGUUAAUAUUAAGCUUCCAGACAAGCUGGAAGAUGCAAUUUUGGUACCCCCUGAAAACAUCUUGAAGCUUUUAUUUAUGCUCGGAUUCCAUUUUUGGUAUAUGAUUCAUGAAUACACAUUUAGGUUUAUAGUGCUGAUGACCUGGGCACCAUCGAAGAAUAUAUUUAUUCUAAAGAUAUUCCGUUUUAUUGUUAUAUCGUUGUGGAUGGCGUUUGCGUAUUUGAUGUUUGCAAGUGCACUUGAAUUAUUAGAUAUAGCAUCAAUAAUCGAAAAGUCACUGAAUUCAGAGCCACUUAACAAUCAAAGCCUUGAUUAUUAUAAGAAAAACAUGAUUACUGGACCUGGUCCUGAUGAUUCUUACAAAGAAAAUCCUAGUUAUAUACAAAAUGAUCUAAAUGCUAAUCCAUAUUAUGAAUUUAAACAAAACUCACAAACUCAAGCGAUAUCUAAAAUAGCAAAUAUAUCUAAAGAAGCCGAUCUUUCAAGAAUGGCAGGUGAAAAAGAAAUAGACAAACGUAUCGAUGGUACUAGCGAUCAACUUGGAAAUCCUGAUAAUAAGGAAGGCGCAAAAGAAGAGGAUAUGCAUGUCAAAAGCCUAUGCCUUGAUUCUGGCGAAAACGAUGUAGAUUCUGGUUGUCAGGCAAAAUACAAAUAA